UCUCUCUUAUUAUCUUUCUUUUUUGUGUAUAUAAAUAUUUUUCAUUCUUUCAUUUUUAACAGUGUUACAGGGUCACAGGGGUAAAGUUAAUAAUUGUCACUAGUGGAAUUGCACUGCCAUUAGGUACCUAGGUUAGGUACCUACCUUAGGUUAUUUAAGACAUGGAACGUUCCUGAUAGGCACCCAGCAGAUCCGCCUGAACGGUACAACGAUACAUGCCUAAAUCAUUACCGCAAUUUUCUUUUCUUGGCCGGGAACGACACGACGCAACCUUCAUACAUACAAUACACCUCACCUCGUCAACUCAACCAUCUACGCUACAGCCAACUUAAACCAACUCGGCUCCAACACCCUCACCACAUCAUACAUAUAUCAGACAUCCAACACCUCGAAUCCAUUACUCAUGCAAAGCUAAUUUCUUCUUUGUUGUCACACCAUAUAUUCGGUGUUUCGACCUUAAUCCCCCCUUUCCCGUGCUGACUAGGCUGCUUGCGCACCGCUGGGCGCGAUGAAUGCCAUACAGCAGAAAUGUCGUCCAAAACACCAAGUUUUGGUUCUCAAGUGCUAUCCUAGCACUACGAAGGGGGCUGUCGAUGUUAAACCAAACUCGAGCGAAUUAAGUUAUCUUUUGUUCUAUGCCACGUCGCGACGAUCCAAGAUCCAGAAGGUUGGCCAGUUUCUAGAGAAAAAGACAGCUAGCGAUGUGUGGAGGGUGCGCAUUGGAAAUGUCCAGGUCACCCUGCAGAUACUAGCUGCUCUAAUCGAGAAAGCCCCCAAAGAUCUCCCCCUAUUCGCACAGAACGUGCUGAGAAUUUUGGACCUCGUUCUUCGAUCCGAUGAUAUCACUAUGGUAGAGGCGUCGCUGCCUACAUUUCGAACUUUCUGCGAACACCACGAUGUCUCGUCGCUUAUUGCCGAUCAAGCUUACCUCCGCCAGUACGAGCAAGUCGUCCGCGCCUAUGCUGCAUUCGCGUCAACUCGGAAGGUUCCAGGUAAAGGCACACCCAGCAAACCCGUUGCCCUGAGAUGGAGAAAUGCGGGCUUAGAAGCAAUCAAAAGCGUUGCCGAAUCUGAGGCGCUGUCGUCCGUUGCUGGACGCCAGCUCGACGUAAUAGUGCCUAUGAUUCUGGAGAACCUGUGGACCGACGAUGAAGAGUUCCUUAGUAUACUAUCGCAGCGUGUCGAGGUAGAAGAGAAGGACGAUUCCAAUGCCCUAUUACGACGGAGAACUAGUAUUUCCACUAUUAAGACAGCAGAUACUGGGGGUGAUGCAAACCCCAUAGCCAUCUCGGGCACGUCUGUUGAUAUCGAUAAGCUCGCCGAAGAAGACAUUGGUGUUGUAGCUAUGCAGUGCCUGAAGCAGAUAUUUAUCAUACCCAACAGAGCACAAAUAAACGGGGCGACGAUGGCCUUGCUACGAUUCAUCAGAGAGCGUGUUCAGCAGAAGGAGUCGGUGAUAGUGCAAUCCGAAGAUGGCAGUGGACGCUACCAUGGUUGGGCAAUCAAGGUCUUCGAGCUCGCAACAAGAUGGGCCCCGGUGCAGGACCGUUAUGUUAUUAUGAUUACUACUACGGAUACGCUCCUACGAACCCCACCGACCGAGGAAAACAUGGCGGAUCAGAUCGUGCUUACCGCCAUUGUCGCAUCCUUAUUGAGCUCUGACAUCAACUUGAUUGGCUUAAGUGUUAUGGAUGUGCUCUCGGGGUUGAUACAACAUAUGAAGAGAGUCUUAAAACAUUCGGGGAGCUCAAGGGGAAGCGGCGGUUCUUCAGGAGAUGACAAGCCACCUUCGGUUGUCGAUCUCUCCCUGCACAUUUCGGUGCCGUACAGAGAACUAUUGACUCGGAUUCAGCAGUCGAUUGGUAGUCUAGCUACUCAUGUCUAUUACGCAGACCAAAUUUCCGACAUGAUUUCCACUAUUCUCUUGAGACUAAAGCCUCAUCCGAGUACGGUGGCGAACGCGUCAUCGGCUCCGGAAAAGACGGAAGCUUUACCCGGAGUUUCCGCCGGGAACAUUUCGGACGAUCAGUCUCACCUCGACAGUUACUUCGCGUUAGAUUUGGCUAAGACUACUGCUCUCCGAGCUAUCAAAUCUAUCCUCCUUGUUGCUAAUCCGAAGACAAAGGUUAGCGGAAACGUCAGUCUGACAAGAAAUAAGGUUCCUAUACAAGUGUGGGAGGGUACGCAUUGGCUUCUCCGCGAUCCAGAUGGGCAGGUCCGAAAGGCAUAUGUUGAUGCUCUUGGCACCUGGCUCGACCGAGAAACGACGAGUUCCGACUUAGAAGCACGGGACGACUUGGGCCGGAAACCACGAGCAAACAAUCGAGAAAUGCCAUCAGGUAGUGUUGCUCGUCGAGCUGUUUCGAGUGCCUCGACUCGGGAUAAACCUGCCAGAGCUGCUCGGUCCCGCUUCUUACAGCUUCUUCAUCUUGCCAUUUAUGACAGUGCUCUGCAGUUCGUGGAGUAUCAGGCGGAUAUUACUCUUCUUCACGUCCUGUUGACAAAACUAGUCAAUAAACUCGGCGUCAAUGCUGCCAGAUACGGUCUUCCAAUGGUUUUUCGGCUCCAAGAAGAUAUCCUAGAGGCAGAAACGCCUGCUGCAAAAUUUCACCUCGGAUGCCUUUGUCAUGGUUAUUUCUGGGCCUUGAGUGAACAUUUCGAGUUUGACUCAUCACCAGUCGGCCGCGCGAUCCACAAUGAAAUCGUUCGGAGGAGAAGCAAACAUUUUUGGGUUGAAGGUGUCCACGUUCCGACACCAUCACUGGAUGUUUUGGAAACGCCUGGUUCGCCUAAAUCGCAAUCAAAAGUACCUACACGCGAGGUAGAGUCUGAAGCGUUGUUGCCCUUCGAUGACCGUAUUGGGAUAGUAGACUGUAUUUGCGCCAACUAUAAGAAGAGAGCUAUCUCCCCUCCUACAAGCCCCUCUACAUCACCUGGUCGCGUAUUCUCGCACCCAAUCCUAAGCUCCGCCCUGAGCAACAUUCCACCGGCCGACGACGAGCGUGAGUUGCCCAGUAAGUUUAGAGAGGAAAUGCUGGCGGAAUGGAAUCGAGAGACCGUCAUCAUUGCACUCCAGGCGGAGAGUAAGUCCGCUUCUCUAAGCGGGUCCAAAGCCGGGACAACUGCCACCAGAGGAAACCAUCUUACCGUCAACGGGCCGUCGUCUAAUGGCUAUGCCGCUAGCAGAGCAGAAUCUGUUUAUGCUCGCCAGAACAACUUGCGGCCUACUUCACAUGCUAGUCAUAUCGCCGGUUUACGGAACUCCAGUGUACAGAGCCACGGCUCCGGAAAGACUGCUUCUGGUCGAGGCUUCGUCGCCUCUGUCGAUCAGCUCAAAUCUGUGUUAACCGGAGAUCCAGUUCGGCCAGCCACGUUCCAGACAUUACAAGAGGACGGCGAUAGCAGCGAUAGCAUAGCGAGCUAUGAAUUCACACCAUCGGAGCUUUCGUUCAAUCCAAACCAGGCAGAUGGCGUCGAUAGCAAUGACGCAGUCCUUACACGUUUGCGAUCAAAGUCCCGGGAGCGAAAGGCGUCUGGAGACUCGGGAGGUCCUCUGACUUCUCAUCCUACGGAAGGCGAAGCCGAGGAUGAGAGCGUGCCGCCAGUGCCGCCGCUACCGGCAUCAUUGGUGGGAAAGUCGCCUCCACCUGAGAUCAACCUUGAGCGUACUGCUAAGGUCUCAAGCCAAGACCACGCCUUCAAGGCUCCUCAAAGGAAUGUUAGGAGCCGAGGGGGAGAUAGCAUCCUUUCAAGUAAUUUUUCAAACGCCGGGGCUGCCAGCAUGGAUUUACAAGCAAUGCUCAAGGGCAUCGACAGCAAGUCGAAGCAAAACACUCUUGGAAAUUUAACGAAGCCCCCUUACUAACAGUCUACACUGUACUAGUGCUCAUAUGUACUUUCUUAACUACCUACCUAUAUUUAGAUUUAGCGGAAGCAAAAAGAUGGAAGUCGAUUCGUACUGAUACCCUCGGUGUAGAGGGUAAUCCGUCCGGAUGAGGUGUUGUAUACUAUUAACGCCGGGGAAUAUUACACAAUUACAAUUACACAGAAGGGUUGACAGGAUGAAAAGAGGAGGAAAAGGAUAAUAAUGAAAAAGACCAGUGCUCGGGGCAACUCUAUCUAAGAUAAGCACAUGCUUGUAUAUAUUACACGUCCGUUUGUACUUGCGUCGGUCUCUCGUUUUUAGCAUGGUUGAUGAUUUUGGUUUCUUGAGGGGGUUUACUUGGCCAUCUAUUAUAGGUGUCUACCUGGCUUGUUAGCGAUAGAAAGAAAGAGCAGCAUAUCAAUUUAAAAGCAAAAAAGUCGGACUAAAA